GUCUGUGUGGAAGCGGGCGGCGACGCGCGCUCGGGGGUUCUACUAGGCAUACACAUGUAGCUUGUUACGUAGAAGCGCCCCCCUCUUUUUGUGGGACGCGCCGCGGCCGACGACUGGCCGAGCAGCAGCCCGCUGGGCUCAAUCGUCGUUCAUGGCAUCAGGAUCGGAGGACGGCGGCGGCGGCGGCGGCGGCGGCCCGUCGGACGCCUGGGCCGUCUCCUUCCGCUUCUUCCCGCGCUUGUACGCGUCGUCCAGAGUCAUCUGGCCCGGCGUGAGGUCCGCCUUCUUCCGGUCCGCCUUCUUCCGCUUUGGUGGUGGCGCUGGCUUCGCUUUCUUCGGCAGCGACGCCGGGCGCUUCUUGGACUCGAAGAGCGGCGCGAGGGGCUUCCUCGUCGGCGGGGCGGUCGGCUGCGCAGCGACUCGGGACUGGGGCACGGGCGCCGCGCGCGGGACCGGGGGGCCGCGCGGCCCCGAAGGCGGGAGCGGCUCGGGCGCGUCGACGGGCGGCGCAGAUGUCGCUCGCGGCGGCGCGUCGUUGGCAGGCGCCAACUCCAUGGCGGCGCACCGGGGCGCCUGCAGCGGAAGCGCCGCCGGCGCGUGCGGCGCCGCCGGCAGCGCCAAUACUACCGUCGCCGGCGUCCAGCCUAUCAAGACUCCGAGCUUCGCGAGGACCGUUGCGUCGUGCCGCCCACUCGCUAGCAUUUUAUCGAGGGAGCGCCGCGCGUUUGCGCGCUUCUCGAGCGCCACAUCCAGCGUCACGGCGUGCCGCCCUCCCGCGGCGCGCGCCUGCAGCAUUGGCCUCCUCGCACAGCUCCAGCGGUCUGGCAGCUAGUGAGGCUCGGCGGGCACAGGGCCAGAUGCAAGGGAUACAGGGGGGCUAUACCUGCCCAAAAUUGUGCGUUUGGCGCAGUGCUGUCGCGGCCGCGCGCGAUGUACUGACAAACAAC